AUGCAGAACGCGGUCGUGCAAGGAGCUGAAAGAGGCGUCAAGCAAGUUAAUGCUGAAGUCCUCGUGGAGACGGUUCGCGAGCUGGAGGCUUCGUUCGGAGAUAAGGAAUUUGGUGCUGCUCUGCCAACCUAUGAUUCCGCGACGGCCUCUUUGUAUAGAGCCCGAGCAAAGAUCAUCCCUUCUCUGCCGCAAAGCCGAGCCGAAAUCGUCCUCGAGGGACAAUUCACCAAAACUCUCAGUGAUAAGGAUUUACCCCUCAUUGAUGACGGCACUGAGAAUGAAAUUCUGGGCUUCAGUACAGAGGAUUUGAUCGAAAUCGUGUGCGACGAACCGACGCUUUUUAUGGACGGAGCAUUCAGAGUCUUACCCCGACUCUUUCUCCAACUUCACACAAUCCAUGCUAAUUAUCGGGGUCAGAUGUUCCCUUUGGCAUUUUCCCUCCUACCAGAUAAGACCAAGAUCAAAGGCUGCAACUUAUAUUUCGGCCAGUGCCUCUCUCUGAAGUUCCAGAACCUGGGUCCCGUGCAGUUCUACGGCGACUCGGAGGUGAAGCAGUUGUUCCGCUCUUACGGGGCUCUCAGUCUGGUCCCCGUCGACAGAAUCGACGAAGCCCUCGCAGACAUCGAGGUGGAAUCACCGUCAGCUGAGCACUCGGCUUCGACGCAGAUCGAAGCAUUCAAGGAAUACUUCAGAAGAACUCGGCUCGAGAAUGAAUCAGUGUUUCCACGAGUUAGGUGGAAUCACUAUGGAAACUUUGGCGCGAGGACAACAAAUCAUGUAGAAGGUUGGCCCAGUGCCUUGGCGAAGAUGAUCCGUAAAGGCCACGUGAACUUCUCCGAAAUGAUCAAGUUUCUGAAGAAAGAAGAAGCCAAGCUUAAUUUCUGCCCGUUCUGCCGCAAGAACGGGGAGCCGCCUGAGGUCUUCGAGUCGCACCGGUUGAAGGAUCCCAACGACAUAACCACCUGCCCGAAACUCAGAGCUUAUCGUUGUCGCAUCUGCCACAACGGAGGUGGCGAUUUCGCCCAUACGAUGCGUUACUGUCCGAAGCUAGUGCUCGGGCCGAGAAGGCGUCAAAGGCGGGAGAUCGAGCUCAUCCCGGUCUCGGCGCUCAACUACUGCCCGUUCUGCCGUAAGAACGGGGAGUCGCCCCAGGUUUUCAAGUCGCAUAGGUUGAAGGAUCGGAACGACAUAAUCACCUGCCCCCAGCUUAGAGCUUACAGCUGUGGCAUCUGCCACAAUGGGGGCGGCGAUUUCGCCCAUACAAUGAGCUACUGUCCGACGCUAGCGCGCCCGAAACUGCCUCGGGAUUUCCACCAGAAGCGGAUUCAGUAA